AUGGCGCCCUCUGGGCUCCUCGUCACCGGCGCCUCCUUCGCCGCCUUCCGGGGGCUGCACUGGGGGCUGCAGCUGCUGCCCACGCCGGGAUCUGCCGCCCAGAACCCUUGGAAGUGGCGGAACAUUUGUGUCUCCCUGGUGCACAGCCUGCUUACGGGGGCCGGGGCGCUGCUCGGGCUGUCGCUGUACCCUCAGAUGGCCGCCGACCCGAUUCGUGGCCACCCUCCCUGGGCUCUGCUGCUGGUGGCUGUCUCUGUGGGUUAUUUCCUGGCAGAUGGAACUGACUUGUUGUGGAACCAGACCUUGGGCCAGGCCUGGGAUCUUCUUUGUCACCAUGCGGUGGUCGUGAGCUGCCUCAGCACCGCUGUUCUGUCCGGCCACUACGUGGGCUUCUCUGUGGUGUCUCUGCUCCUGGAGCUCAACUCCACCUGCCUGCACCUACGCCAGCUGCUGCUGCUCUCUCGCCAGGCUCCAUCCCUGGCCUUCAGCGUGACCAGCUGGGCCACCCUAGCCACCUUGGCCCUCUUCCGCCUGGUGCCGCUGGGAUGGAUGAGCCUGUGGCUGUUCCAGCAAUGCCACCAGAUCCCUCUUGCUCUGGUCAUCCUUGGUGGAACUGGACUGGCCAUUGUGGGUGUCAUGAGCGUCAAUUUGGGCAUACACAUUUUGGUCAGUGAUGUUUUGCGAUCUCAGCCCUGCCCACCCACCCUUGGAAACAAGGAAACCAGGGGCACUAGGACAGAUUGUGAUGGUGAGUCCAUCACCAGGGAUGAUUCCAGUCUCAGGCUGAGAGACUGA